AUGGACCCAUCACUCGAAAGUGAUGUACUAAACCGAAGAUCGUUAAUUCUAACGUACCGAAAUUACAAGAACGACACGGAGUACAUCGCUGGUUGGCUUGCAUGGACAUCGGGGAAAUGCGGAUACAUCAGAGCUAUCAACGAGCCGGAGUCUCAGCAGAAGGCGCCGCGGAAGAGGGGAAAGGCAGGCAAAGCUCGUAAGCCAGCCAAGAAGACACCGGAGCCUGUGACCCCAGCUCAAUAUCCCAUACGCGUCUCCGAGUUCGUAGAGAUGGCUGAACAUAUUGCUUCAUUUGAUCCCAAGAUCGAAGUCCCAGCUGCGCUACAACAGGUGUUUGACCGAGUGAUCUUAGCUCGGAGCAAAGUGGCCAGUUGGUUCGAGAAAGGGCACUCGACCGAUUACGUCAGCAACCACAGGCACUCCUACUUUAUCACCGUUCUGGAAAAGGCGGCAAAACUGCUGAAGCCUCUGAUACCAGAGACGCCAGUAGUUUCUGAGAACAUCAAGCUACAAAAUAGGUUCGCCGGGCUUACGGUCGAAGAGACGGACCCACUGGACGAUCUCAUCACCGAAGUUAAGGAGAAGCAAUUGCCCAAAGUCGACCCUAUCCCGAUUGAGCAAGACGAGGAGAGUCUCGAGCACGACUUCUUCUUCGCUAUCGCGACAUUUCUUGAGGAGAUCUACGACGUGCGAGCAUGGAUUGUGCGAGAGUGGGAUGAAUAUCGGCAGACAGGUGAAGGUCUCACACGCGCGGCAGUGCUUUCCAAUACGGCCGUCGAUCUGGUGCGAUCUGCUGAGAAUCAAUUCGAUCAGAUGCUCGUUCGUCCCAAGAAUGACGCAGACAAAAUGGCGCUGGAGGUCUUUGAGACCCUGGAAUGGGCUCAGUUCUUCGACGUCGCAAGUCAUCCCCAUCUGUCUCAUUUCGCCGUUGACGAGACUGCUCGGGGUAUCAAACACAUGAUAACUUUCAAAGAGAUUCCUAUAUGGCUCACUGUAGCGGUACAGAUGUUCUUUGACGUUGAGUCGGUGUUUGAAGAGGAGGGCACGCUUGCAGCGCCUUUCCGCGAGUACAAAGAGACCGUUCGUAAAGCCGCGAAGGAUUUCUCCAAAAUUGAUCCUAUCGAGCGGCCGUUCAAGGGAUCUGCGGAUUCCGACAAAAAGAUAGCCUCGAUCUAUCAGAACAUGCGUAAUAUCUUGAGCGAUCAUCAAGACUACGCGAUUCGUGAUCGCUGGGGAAGAUUCAUACAGAAGAUCAAGGAGGACAAGCAUGAGCCACUGAGUAAAACUGUAGACGAGCGGGAUUACGUCUUGAAAAGGCAUCCGAUCCGCUGCGGGCUUCUGAAGUACGAACUACAGCUACAGCUUAAUCACAGAGCUUCCAAAAUCGAGCAGAUGGCGGGCGACAUUCUUUACAUGGCCUGGCUGUAUGUUGCGGUAAGCCGGAUACUGCACCCGGAGAUGCCCCGAUGGCCUGACAUGGAAUAUCUACUCAACGGUCGACAAGACAAGCUGUUCUUCGGCGAAUGGCCAAAGACUCUCGACGAAGUGGGUAAGAAGAUUGAUCUCGGACGCGGCUACUCCAUUGCCAACAAGGCGAGCAAUCGGCGUUCAAAGAAGGACACCUGGGACAACAAGCAACUGCGCCGACUCGAUGACCCAACUGUGAUCGGAGAACUGUUUUUGAAGCGGAUGGGUGCGGAACCCAAAUCAACAGCAGAAGCCCACGAAUGGGUGAUGAAGUUAGUCAGCCUGGUGUGCAAGCCAGAGUCGCAGAAGAUCUUGGACCGACAAGAAAACUUACCCCAAGGUACUUACGAAACAUCGGAGUUCUUGAAGUCCGUGGAAUUGCAACGCAAGCCCUUAGCCUUGCUCGGAGAGAUUCGCCAGUGGCUCCUAGCGGAUGAAAACGACCUGCACUUCGACUGGUUCGGUAUGUUGUCUACCUGUACAGACAUCUGGAAGACAAUUAUGCCGGCAUUUCGCAAGAAUCCCGUGUUCAAAGACGACCCUAACAUCUACAACUGGAACGUUAAUACUGUAAUCACUGUACUCAAGACAGAAUCUAUCGCGCAAGACAUGGGUACGCCUAUGCCAAUCUUUGAGGCGGUUUGGGAAACUUUAAAGCAGUUCAUCCAGAUCCCAGUAUCAAAGGAAAGCGGCAGCAAAACAUGGAAGGGCGAUCUACAUUUGGCCAAGCUUGUAGAUGUUUGCAACCCUGCGAUGACGUUGAUGAACCCAGGGCCUGUCAGCUUCAUGAAUCUCUAUGCAAACUGGAGUGAUGAAGACAAGAGAGACUCUCGUGUGGGCAGAGCAGUUUGGUAUGCAAUGCAGGCAUUUGGUGCUAGGACCGGGAAGGAGAAGAACACCAGAGAGAGCGUGAAAGAAGAGACAAAUGGUGAAGAGUCAGUCAGCGAGAUAUCAGCCGCCGAGGAGCCUGUCGACGAGGAACCAGCCGACAAAGAGCCAGUGAACGAUACACCCGCGGAUGAGGACGAAUCCAGCGAGCACUCAGGCAGCCAAGACGAUGAGACAGCUGAAAUCGACGAAGCAGCUUCGGAUGCUGGUAGUGGCAUCAGUAUUCAGGAAUUCUCUUUGGACCUUAAUGCGCUAGCUAGCCAGUACAAGAACGGCGGCAACAACAUCAUCUUCAUGGGCAACAAAAUGAAAGCGCCGGUAGCCAUCAGUCGCGCGCAGAUGGGCCAGCUACGUACGGCACCCAAUGGGGACUUCGUAUUGCCCGGCGGACCCCCAAGCCGGUCUUCUCGAGUACAAAUGCUACCCCCACGGAAGUCGAAGCGUGUUCGUGGUGUUCGUGCGAUAGCUACGACGGAAGAUGCCCCCGAUCUGUGUGCUUGCGGUCUCAGUCGGUACGGAGUGAGUGUAAGGCCGAUACCGACAAUGAACACCAAGGCAGCGAAAGUGGAGCACCAAUGUAUGGGAGCGCUAUUCGAAGGGAUCGACGUACCGGACCGUGACCUCGGUGACGCUAUCAAGGUGACACGACGCAAAAUUCGAGGUUCGUGA